CCCCCCGCCGCCAUGGCCCUUCCCGGCAUUCCCUAUGAGCGGCGGCUGCUCAUCAUGGCGGACCCCAGAGACAAGGCGCUGCAGGACUACCGCAAGAAGCUGCUGGAGCACAAGGAGAUCGACGGCCGCCUCAAGGAGUUAAGGGAACAGCUCAAAGAGCUCACCAAGCAGUAUGAGAAGUCAGAAAAUGAUCUCAAGGCCUUGCAGAGUGUUGGGCAGAUUGUUGGCGAGGUUCUUAAACAGCUGACAGAGGAGAAAUGUAAGUGGUGUUAG